UCGGGUUUUUUUCCUUUCUGUCCAAGUCCGAUCACCAUGUCAUGUACCACCCAGUAUCAAUCAUAUUUUUGAACAACUCGCUCGAUUAUUCCUAGAUUGAUACUGCGGGAAUCAUGAAUCAUCAUUAAUCUAACAAGUGCAGAUCUAUCUAUAUAUUCAUUCUGAUUGAUUGAUCCACCGAUCCAUGGCUGCCAACCGGGGAGGCUCCUCCCCGUUCAUUAAAAAGGAGAAUUACGGCGUUUUCGAUGACGCUUCGCCCCCGUCGUAUAUAACGUUGUCGCCCGGCCUCAGCCCGUCCGCGCUCUUCGAUUUGGAUCCUCCGCUCUUGCUACCGAAUGAUGAGGCACAAUUGUCUCCAACCACUGGAACAUUUUAUUCUGCGAAUUUGAAGGAUGCACUCAAUAUUUGUAGCAACGGGAUGGAGAUUUUCUCUGAGGAAAACAAUUUAAUGGCUGAUGAUGUUUAUAAGGAAUUUGAGUAUCCAAAGGAAUGUGUAGAGAGCAGUAGAGACGAAACGAUGAUGGACGAUUCGAAAGCAAACAUCGACUACGAGCAGCAAAAGGCGAAAGACACGACGAAAAACUCAGACGACGGAUUCUACUGGCGAAAAUACGGACAGAAGCACGUGAAAGGAAGCGAGUAUCCGCGAAGCUACUACAAAUGCACCAGCACAAAGUGCCCGGUAACGAAGAAGGUCGAGCGCUCCCAUGAAGGCCACGUGGCGGAGAUUGUGUACAAGGGCAGUCACAAUCACCCCCAGCCUAAGCCGGUUCCUCAACCUUCGCUGCAAGAUGCGGGAUCAUUAUCCGUACAUAAUCACGACGCGUCUUUCAAUGACUUCCCCGACCCCCCGGCUGCCUUCUCGGACAACGCCUGCUUUAACGAGGAGCUUGAUGAUGCUGAGUUCGAGACCGCUAGGAAACGGAAGAGAGAUAUUGAGUCGGCCGCUGCGACGAGGUCGACCGGCCGGGAAGGUAACAAGGUGGUUGUCCAGCUAGAGAGCGAGGUCGACAUUCUUGAAGAUGGCUACAGAUGGAGAAAAUAUGGCCAAAAAGUUGUCAAAGGAAAUCCAAAUCCCAGAAGCUACUACAAGUGCACGGCACCGAAUUGCACCGUGCGGAAGCACGUGGAGAGAGCUGCGGACGACAUUAAGUCGGUGAUCACGACCUACGAUGGCAAGCACACCCACGCUGUUCCUUCGAGCAGAACUGGCGUCAACACUGAGGGUGCGGCCUCGGCCUCGCCAAAACCAGCCGUGAAACAGGUGGCUCAACAAGAUCUGCCCUUGUACUUGGACAGAAAGCCAAUGCCGUUCGACUACGCUAGCUUGGGCGGAGGAGAUCUCGGCUUCGGAGGCCCUUCAUCUUAUACAUUCAACAUUCCUUCAUUCCACUCCGUGCCUUAUGCCUCCGUUGUCCCUAUGAAGCCCAAUUACUCGAAUCUUUAUCCCGAGUAUAUGCUAAUGCCUAUGCAUAUGCAAAUGCCAAUGCCAGUGGCGACGCCUGUCUCAAUGCCAACGUCAAUGUCGUCGUCCACUGCGUCAAUAUCGUCAUCCACGUUAUCAUCGACCUUGUCUCAUACGACUCACCAACUCCAACCAAAGGAGGAGAUGCAGGAUGUCCUCUAUCGUAGUUGCCACAUGCCCAAAGGAGGAGCUGCAGGAUGAACUCUAUUAUUUUUUUUCCCACUAGAGAUGGAUCUAGGAUACAUUUGUAGCUAGCUAGAAAAUUGGUUUUGUUCAUUUACUUUUCAUUUCUCCUUUGUUGCUAUUUACUAUAUUCUUUUUUGCCCCCUAGAGAUUGAUCUAGGAUUCAUAACUAGUUAUCUAGCUACUAGUUAGGGCAAUUUACAUUUAUUCAUUCUUCCUUCA